UAAAGAUAUAUAUUUGACUGUCUGCUGAGUUAGAGGUAAGAGAAACUUUUGAAUUACCUACCUAGUAGUGGAGACGCGUUUCACGUUCAGUUAUGUAGUGAUGUGGUUAUGAUGAUUGGACAACCGCCUUCAGUUAGUUAGUGUCCACUAAAAGCUUGUUCAAAUGGUAAGAUGUUUAUUAUUAGUAGUAAGAAUUUAAACUAUCUCGUUGUCGAUAUUCAGGGUUGAUUUUUAGUCAGUCCUUGUCGAUAAACGUGCCUGUUGAGCGAUUGACUUCAGUAUAGCCAUUUUUAGUUUAAUGCGAAAGGUUCAAGGUUUAAGUCUCAAUGUGAAAAUUAAUAUUGACUUGGAGAGGUACAUUCGGCUAACGAGUCCCAAACAGGAUAAAACGCACAUCCUGGAUUCCAAUGUUAGCUACAAUCUGUCUGUUCUAAAAAAAUGUGGCUAACUGGUUAGUACCAUUAUUCUUAACUCCUAUCGGAAAAACUAUUGUUUCUCUUACUAAUGAUUCUUACAGAUAGGAAAUGCAAGGGUACUAAAAUGUUCUUAAGAAUUAACCAAUAAGUAUAUAAGUCUACAGAAACCCAAGAAAAUAUUUUAUACAACGUUUAAAAUGUUUUAAAAGAACAAGCAUCUACCCUUCUUAAGAGAAUUAUGUUGUAAACUGUAUAGAAUCUUUGGUUUAGUUUGCUUUUCAAUUUACAGAAUGAUCUUUUACCGGUAUUUUGUCAAUAGGCUUCAAUAUAAUGGUCAAACUAUUUGUGAUUUAUACUGGCCGGAGAAAUUAAACAUUCCUGAGUAUUAUAAAUCCAAUGGUUUUGAAAUCUCAGUUACACUACUUGAAACUAACCAGUCGGAUUGUUUCAUAAAAAGGAUUUUCAGCAUUUCAAUGUCAAAUAAUUCAAAUGAAUCACAUAAUGUAACUCAAAUACACUUCAAAGAAUGGGAAAAUUUCAGUGUACCAACAAUUACAGACAUGGAUAAACUUGUGAAAGAAUAUGAACAAAAUUAUCAAUCUCUUGUUAAUCAUCAAUCUAUUACAGUCUCAAUCGGACCAACUGUUGUACAUUGCAGUGCUGGAGUUGGUCGAACUGGAACAUUUAUUAGUGCUCUUAUUGUUCGCAGACAUCUUCGAUCUGGCUGUCAAUGGAUUAGUUUACCAAGUAUUGUUUUAAUGCUGAGACUCUGGCGCCACUGUAUGGUUGAACUGACAGAACAAUAUCUAUUUCUACAUGAAUAUUUCGCAUAUAUUUUGAAUCAAGAAAGAUAUUGCUAACAUAAAAUUCUAACCAACUAAUUGAGGAAUGAUUAUUCUAUGUCUUAAACAACAAACGAUGAAUAUACUAUUGUCCAAGUAUGAACUAGUCAGUCAGUCAGUAACAACGUAGAACUGGUAACAACAACGUAUGAACUGGUAAUUUCAAUUGGUUACAUUUUCCCACGUUAAAAACAAGCCAUUCUGUAUUGAUCAAGAUUUUCUUUUCCAAAAUAUUCAUUACAAUUUUUCGUAUAUAAUUUAAUUCUUACAUUUAUUAUUGUUUACAAUAUACAGUAUGUUGUUUUAAAAACGAAAUACUUUUUUUAGUUUGAAGAAGUUUUACUAUACAAAACAACUGAUUCACAUUCAGUGAACUGAAUAAAAACCCAACUUAGCAUCAAUAAGAUGUGGGGUUAUACUUCUGGAUGGUCUGUUUGUGGUCAAAGUUUAUCUUCAAAGAUUUUUUGCUUACAGAAUGAUGUAUUGAUAUACCUAUCGACUCACAACAGUAGUUGUAUUUCUCAACCUUGAUGUACCAUUUGAUUCUGUAGACUGAUAGGUUGUAUGGAAGUUUAUGUCAUUGAAAGACCUACUGAAGAAAUACAUCAAUCUUUUUACAGGCCCUCUAUUCAAACAGUACCGGUUGAGUUAGAGCCUAUGGCGAACGAUCAUUAGAAUUAUCAAACUCAAGAAGUGUUCGUCAGGGUUGUCUGCUUUCCUCAUUUUUAUACAGAUUUGUCAUAGGCAUUUUCUAGAAAUAAAAUUCACCGUCCGAUUUAUCAGGGAUUGAUUUACUAGAAAAUUCUAUUGUUAACUUAGAAUACGCAGAUAAUGUAGUUUCAUUCCGUGAAGACGCUGAAAAGCGUUUUGACCGCCUUAAC